AUGCAACCCGCAGCCAUGAUCAACGUUAGUAAAGUUGCUCCGUUUAAACCCAAUGGAGCAAAUUACAUCGAUGAAGAUACAGUGAUGAAUACUGAGCAGGAACUAUGGUCAAUAAGUUCGACAAGUAAUCGUCAAGGUGACGAAGAAGUUUAUGCUCGAGGAUCACACAUUAUAUGGACAUAUCCGCUUCGAGACGUUCAGUGCCCAUCUUAUAUGGAAUUCACUACUGAUACGAUUCCGAAAAAGUUGUUAUGGGCAAAGUUUGAUCAAUGUUCAAUGUCUUGUGAACAUGGUGGCACAGAAUUUCCAGUGAUUAUCGAACAGAACUAUUUGACGGUUCUUGGCAUGGAUACUGGUUAUACGAAAGUUGCUCUCCCUUUUUCGGUAUCUAAAGCCUGGCCAUUUCAAAAUGGUUUAACUAUCGAGCGACAAUCAAAUGAUCAUUAUUUACCAAAUUUAUUCUCGCUUUCACAUCCAUUGGACGAAGUCAAACCUAUUAUAUCUCGAUAUCAUGGUGAAUGGUUCUACAGUUCAGAUAAACACAUGUAUACAACGGCAGGUUUAGCUAUGGAUGAACAACUUAUCUUACGGUACGAUGAAAUCGAUCGUGUUCAUAGCUUAUGGUUGUUAAGAAAAUGUACCGAUGAAGAUCGUCAUCAAGCUACCAACAUGACAUUACCGACAAUGAACGAAAGUCAUCUAGGACAAGGAAUGAAUCCACAUCAGACUAUACUUAAUCAGCCGAAUGUAUCAUUAGCACAAAUUUCGAUGAUGAACAAUACUCUACCAAGACGUUCAAGUAUUCUAGCAACAACUCUGCCAGGAGCCCCGAGUAGUGCGAUUGGUGCAGCUUCAUCGCCAAAUCCAAAUCAUCUACUAACGAAUCCAAGAAGAUUAGCAUCGAUGGCAGUUAUUUCACGAUCACCAUUAUCGGACUCAAUUAAUCGUGGUACAUCACGUUUGCCGCCACCGUCGCAAUUUCUAUCUUCAACCACGGCAGCUACGCCAUUCUCCUGUUCAACACUAACAAUAGGCAACGGUGGCGGAACGACGCAUCUAUCGCAUUUUCCAACCACGGCUUUGAUCGAUCGAAUGGGUACCAACGGUAGUUUCAUGGCUACACUCAAUGCCGAUUGUGCUGCUCAUUCCAAUUCUAUACCCGAUCCUCUCUCUCCAGAUUAUUGUGUAGAAUUCAUUUGGUCAGAUACAUCUUACACUUCACUAGCAAAAGAUCCUGAACAAUGUGCGACAAAGUUUUUUGGUGUUAGAGAUUUGUCAGAUCAUCGGUGGGUCGCAUUUUUACUACCACAUGUUAGACAAUUAAGACUUGUUCUACUGGAGAAAACAACACUUGGAACGGUCAACACCGGUGUAAACAAAGUUGAAACAAUCAACGCAAGGGAUGCUGUUUUUGUUGCAUCCUUGAAAUUUCUUGUUGUACUCGAUUUAUCACGAUCAAUUCUCCUAUAUUCCGGUGCAUCGAAGAUCGCUAAAGUACUUCUACAUGAAGAAACAGGUCCACUGUCGUCGAAUUCUUUUCUUCGUUAUACGCCUUACCAACGUGUUCGAACAUCGAGUCGACCAACAAGCUUCCAUCGUACACCAUUACCAUUAAAAUUUCCUUCUUCACCUGUAUCGUGCGCGUUAACAUCAGUUGCUCAAGCACCUCAGUCAUUCAUUUGCGAUGAAAGUAUCAAUGAUCUUCAUCCAAUAACAAUUUCUCAGAUUCAAACACCGGGCGGUUCGGGAAAUACAGGCAACUUCCUAUCAACCACACGCUAUGAAACGCUCGAUGAUGUUCGAAGUCGAUUAUUCAAUCUCAAAUUACAAAAUAAUCGUUAUUAUACCGUCGAAUUACCGAAUAUUUGUCACACGCCAUUGUGCUCAGCGGCAUUGAAAGCUGUUUGUUCGUGCGUACCACGUGAAGUCUUCAACCAGUUUAUAGCCAUAUUUUAUUCGUCUAAUAUCGACCCUAUUCAUGAACAUUCACCAACUGAAUGGUAUACAUUUGUUAAAACUCUACUAACAUUGAUCGGUUACGAUUUACGUAAAUGUUCAUAUAUCAAACGGUUAGAAUCGAAAUCAUCAGCUCCAACACCUCCGCAAACAGCGAAAAAAACCAAAAUCGAUAUCAACGAUACCGAUGAAGAUUGGCCAUUUAUGUUAAACGAAAUCCGUCGUAUUGAGCCGAAUUUAUUCAAAUUAUUCAAAAAAGAUGACAUAACAUUACAAUUACUCGACAAGACGCCUGAUUUAUCACAUGAUGAACAUGAUGAUGGCUUAGCAAAUCUUCCGAUUAUUCCAACCAACGUCGAUUGUCUGUCAGAUGAUGAAAACGACGAAAAUGCUGCUCGCGAAUGGACACAUAAUAUCAGUAGUACAAGUAGUACAUCAUUACUGAUCGAUCAAGGUGAUACAUCUACGGGCAGCAUGGAACAUCCAUCACCAGCGAUCAUAUCAAAUAUAUUUCCACAACCAAGACACAAAGCAGUAUCAUCGACACCAACAUUGACACACAUCGAUAGAAAUGAUAAGCCAAAACAACAGAGAAUCAGUCGAUAUACAACAAUCAAUUCGAAUGAUCCACUCUAUGCUCACGCCGGACAAAUUCUUUGUGCUUUACAUGUUGUUUAUGAAGAUUUGACACUGAAUCAUACCAAGGAUUGUACGCCAUUACUGGAACUUUUAUACCUUUUAGCUUGUGAUUUCGAUUUACAUGAAUAUCGUCAUUAUUAUUUGGCAGAAAACUGGAAAAUAUCUAAACGUGUUCGUAAAACUCAUCAAUUAUCUCCAAUUGCCUCGAAUUUAUUCAUGCCAAGAUUGUUCGACCAGACUCCGCCGAGUUACUUAAAAUGGAUUCGACUUUUUCUAUCUCGAUCAGAUAAUUUUAGUCAAUUAACACCGUUUCCGUAUAUUGCAUCAGUCACAAAUCGAAUCGUACUCUGUACCAAACUCCUCGCAACUUAUCUAUAUCCAGGAAUGUCCAAUGUACAUUUGAAUUAUUUAUGUAAUAUUGCUGCGAAUAGUAGUGAUGGCACGUCACCCGCUCCGAUGCUGUUCGCGUCAAUCAAUACCAUUAAAAACGACAUCGUAUCUCGUCAUCAGCAAAUUAUUGAUGCCUUUCUAACCGAUGAUUCGACAGCAACGGAAUUCGAUAGUUUACCAUUGUGUGUCCAUGCUGUUCUAUACGAAGCCAUUAGUCAUGUAGCAUUACAACCUAAAUUUGAUUUACCGAGAAAAACAUACGAAUUUCUCGGCCGACAAGAAUUAAUCUAUCAUGAUCCGAAAUUAUUCGACAAAAACUUUCAUCCGGGUCUCAUUUCACUUCGAAGCCUAGAAUUAAUUCGAGUAUAUGGAAAAGAUUAUCACAAUGACAAAACUCGUCUCGUCGAGAGCGAAGUAUUAAAAUUACGUUUUCCUGAAGAUUUACGUGUACAAACCGUUGUUGAAUGUCUUCAGUCAUCGACACCAGUGAUGAUUGAUAUCGCACAACGACCUAAUGUAACUGAACAGGAAGUUAUGGAGAAUAAUGAACGGUACUUAUACAGUGUUGCACAAAGAACAAUGUCACUACCACUUGGAAGGGGUGCAUUAACCUUAGGAACUGUCUAUGCAUCACCACAUGAUGCUUUUAUUAUACCAGAAUUGAACCUGAAAGGGCGAGUUCCUUCUUCUACUGUUAUUGUCAAUAUGACCCAUAUCGAGGUGCCUCAGAAUAUUACACACUGGCCAUUGUUCCAUAAUGGUGUUGCAGCAUCAUUAGCAAUCAAUCAACAUGCUUGCGAUAUGGGCGAUAAUUGGAUACGCUCACAAAUUUUGAAAAAUAAUGAUAUUACUAAUGAACAAGCAGGCUUUCUAUAUGGUUUGGGUUUAAUUGGUCACUUUAAAAAUCUUCCAAAAUCGUUAAUCUAUUCCCUAUUACAAAAAGCGAAUGAACUGACAAUGAUGGCUUCCUUACUUGGCAUUUGUGUUUCAAAUUAUAAAUCCAUGAGUUUAACAUUAACAAGUUUAUUAACAAUUUAUAUCAAAAGCAUGUUACCACAAACAUUGUUCGAAUGGGAAGUACCAUUUGGCGUUCAAAUCUGUGGUAUUAUGGGUCUUGGUUUACUCUAUGCCGGCAGUGGUGAUCGAUACAUAUCGGAUAUCCUGUUAGCUGAGAUCGGCAAAUUACCCGUCAGCACGGGUGAAAAAGAAAUGGUUAUUCUUGAACGCGAAGCAUAUGCAUUUACAUCUGGCAUUUCACUUGGCACGGUUUUAUUUAAGAAAGGAUUGAACAACAUCAAUUCCAAAGAAGAUUUUUUCACCAGUGCUCUUCUCAGUUAUAUUAUUGGUAAAGAACGUGUAUAUUCAUUCGGGUCACUUCGCACACAUAUUCAAGUACAUGAAUAUGGUUCAAUGAAUGCAAAUAUUACGGCAACAGGCGCAAUGAUUGCACUUGGUUUGACUUACUUCAAUACCAAAAAUAAGGAUAUUGCUGAAUGGUUCACGCCAGAUGAUAUUAUGCGCUUGAUCGAAUUAAUUCGACCAGAUCUUCUUCUUUUACGAACUGUUGUGUACAAUUUAAUAUCUUGGGAAAGUAUUGACAAUACUUCUGAAUGGAUCGACAAACAAAUUCCGACAGUUUUAACUAAGAAUGCGUUCCGAAGCAAAAUAUCGAUCAAUACCUAUGAUGCGGAGUCGAUCACUCAAGCCUAUUGUUAUCUGGUUUCAGGUGUGUGCUUUAGUUUAGCACUGAAAUACGCAGGUACAUGGAAUGAACAAACAGCGAACAUAAUUAGAGCAUAUUUCAAACAAUUUCAAGUCUAUAUCGAUCGUCCAGCUGAUUACAUUGAUAAUGAUCCUGAUAGUUAUGCUCCGGAUAGUGCAACUCUGGAAUUUGUCAUCUCGACGCUUGUACUUUCACUAGCAAUGGUGAUGGCUGGUAGUGGUGAUUUACAAUUGCUGAAUCUCUUACGAACUUUACAAACACGUGUAGGGCCCGAUCGAACACACGUUACAUUUGGCUCACAUGUUGCUGUUAGUAUGGCUUUAGGUCUCUUACUCCUUGGUGGUGGACGAUAUGGCUUACGAAAUGAUGAUGACGCGAUACCUAUUCUUCUCGCUGCAUUUUAUCCUCAUUUUCCCAUGAAUAGUAAUGAUAAUCGAUUUCAUCUUCAAAUCUUCCGUCAUUUGUAUGUUAUGGUUUGUGAAUCACGUCUAAUGAUUACUAAAGAUGUAACCAGUCAACAAGUCUGUUCUGUUAACGGACAAUUAUGGAUCAAUGAAAAUAAUCAAAUUCUCGUGAAAACUUUCCGUACACCGUGUUUCUUACCGAACUUUAUUUCUAUAAAACGCUUAGAAAUCAAUGACAAUGACUAUUGGCCAAUUGUUUACGAAACCGAUGAAGAAAUCCAACGUUUAAAACAAAUGUUAAGCCGGGACGGUCUCUUCUAUGUACAAAAAUCUUCGAUUUUAUCGUCAUUGAUGCUCAAGAAAACAUCAUCAUCGCUUGUUCAACUUCUCUCAAAUAAUGAAUCAUCAUUACGAACAUGGUUUCAUGCAUUACAACUCUAUUCUGGCAUACAACGCAUCAUCGCUGAACCAAUUAACAAUCGUCAUGUAAAAGAAAUGCACUCUCUGAUCGCUUUUUACGAAAAAUAUACAUCUAUUCGCAAAGUGACGACUUCAAAUGAUACCGAUGAUGUGAUUCUCCGAACACAAUUCACGAAUAUACUUUUCAAAAAUAUCACAAAAAUGAAAGCUGAUUUACUUGCCGCUUUGAAAAAUCAAAACGAUUCAAGAAGAUUUGGUUUAUUAUUACCGAUUCGUGAAUGGUUACCGGGUUUGAACGAAGAGAAUCUAUUAUCUCUUCUCGAUACGACAAGCCCAGCGAAAUUAAUUCGCUACGCUGUUAAUCUUGGACUCGACUGCGAGUUGGCACUUUAUCUACUGAACGGAACUGCACAAACCCAAAUUUUAACGAGCAGAGACAUACGUGUUCUUUUACAUUUAAUCAUUUUGUUGAAGGUUCUGAUUCGUUCGACUUUUAACGAAUCAACAUCGCUAACUAUCUGUUCACCUACAUCCCAUCCUCUCACGUCUCAUCAGUAA